AUGAAGGGGAUGAAAGGGAAGCCACUGAAAAAAUUGAAGACUUUCAAGGCAACUGGGUACUUAAAUCCAGAAAAAGUUCUUCAGGUAAAUGCAUUGGAUGAAAAUCUCUACACUUCACCCCCGAAAUCGAAUUCCUCGGCUCGUCCUGCCCUUGUGCAAAUCCAAGAAGAGCCCAACAAAUGCGUUGAAAUCAGUGUUCCAGUACAAGAACCAGAAGUCAUUGACGUAUCAGAGCUAAUGAAGGACCUGGAAGAUCAAGAAAUGGAGUUUGACGAUGGAAUCAAUGAUAAAGAAAACGUUAGGCCAUCAAUAAAGUCGAAGAUCCCGAAUAAUUUUGAAGAAAAAUUGGAGAUUGUUCAUUCAUCUAAACAAAAGAAUGAGGUUCGUGAAACUAAUCAAAUUGAAGGAGAGGAGAGAAAGGAUAUUCCUUUAUCGGAGAUUGAUAUAUUAUGUUUCAGGCAGCCGGAUUCAGAUUCUGGAACCCUUUUUGAUCCUAACCUUCUUGCAGCAUUUGAGCAGGCAAUUACAGAAGUGAAAGCCCAAGAGGCAGAGAGAAGAUCCAGAAUUGAGGUAAAGAAAAGGGGGAUUUUGGAUGAUCAGGAACAAGUACCACCACCGUUAAAAACACGAAAAAUCGAGGAAGAAAAUGAUUCUCUUCUAGAAUUCGAAGAGAAGUGUCCACCAGGGGGAAGUGAUUCAGUUAUUCUCUACACAACAGGGCUUAGAGGAAUACGAAAGACAUUCGAGGAUUGUCAUAGGCUUAGGUCCCUAUUACAGAAUUUAAAGAUUUUGUUUUACGAGAGGGAUAUUUCGAUGCAUUCAGAGUUUAAGGAAGAAUUGUGGAGGAUUUUGGGUGGAAAAGUGGUGCCUCCAAGGCUUUUUAUUAAAGGGAUGUAUAUAGGUGGAGCAGAGGACGUUUUGGGAUUGCAUGAAAAAGGAAAGCUUAAGCCGCUCAUUGAAGGAAUUGCCAUUAACAGAUCUGAAGGUCCAUGUGAAGGCUGUGCUGGAAUAAUGUUUAUUAUGUGUUUCAAUUGCAAUGGAAGACGAAAAAUUAUUUGGGAGGGGAACAAUGAAUCCAUAAAUUGUUCGGAUUGUAAUGAGAAUGGAGUGAUCAUAUGCCCCUUUUGUUGUUGA